AUGUCGUCCGUCAGCUCUCCAGAAAAGCCUGCGAAGGUAGCCCCUAAGAAUACACUGGGCUCCUUUAGGGGUCCUCUUGCUGGCAGCGAUGUGGAUAUCGAGUGCAUCGAGAAGAUCCCAGGCGAGGUCUCGCUCGUUGAGCCCAAGGUGAAGCAGAAGAGGGCGCAGCGAGUGAAGCGGCAUUUUGCGCGGUUCUUUUGCUGCUACAUCUUCUGGAGCGUCAUUUUCCUGGCGAUUUUCUUGCCCAUCUUUUUCCUCCUCAUCAUUCCUGCUAUCUCUCAGAAUGUCCUUGAUAGGGGGACGCUUCUGCUCGUGAAUGCGACAAUUCUCGAGCCGCGGCCUGAUUCGGUUUUGCUUACGCUCGAAGCUGCUCUGGAUCUUCCAAUUGCGCUGCCCGUGCGAAUAGAGCCGUUUGACCUGCACGUCUACAAUCAGGACAUAGAAGGCAACAACACCAUCUUUACAACGCAUCUUGAUGGCACCAUUAUCCACGGGAACACCACGCUCGGGGUCAAGGGCGUACGCACCCCAUUGAACGUGCCCCUGUGGACAGACUACGUCCACAAAGUUGUAUUUGAGCCGCAUGCGCCGUUACCUGUGAAAGGAGAAACAAAUGCAUAUCUCGGUAAACUGAAAAACCAUGUCAAGCUUGACAAGAACAUCCAUCAGAACACCCUCAACAAAUUUCCUGGCUUCUCUAUCGACGAUCCCAAGUUGGUGUUGGAUCAGCCCGAUCAUAAUUUGGUGGCCAACGCAACCCUCCCUAAUCUGUCCGUCAUGACGUUGCAAAUUGGAACGACCAUGCUCGACCUCAAAGCCGGCAACUACACACUCGGCAACGCAACCAUUGACAAUCUCAUCCUCUACCCGGGCAAUCACUCGGUUCCGGUGAAGGGCACCCUGGACCUUGAUUACCUCAUGGCGAAUCUUCACGGUAUUCUCGAGACGCAAGGGGACGCUUUAAGCCGAGGAGUCUUGCGGCUUGACGCAGUCGGCCGGUCGGCUACCUACGACGGCCAGCUGGUCCCGUAUUACACCGAGGCUUUGAAGCAGCUCACACUCUCUGCGGAUGUUUCGCUUGGGGGGCUGGUGAUGAACACGAUGCAGGGCGUCCUUAGCCCGAACGGGACGAACAUCUUCCACAACCUGACGAACCCGGAUGGACCAACAAAUAUCCACGAUAUUAUGAACUCGAUUGACGAUCCGGAUGGGAGCUUGGGGCUGAAUAAAACGACAACAAAUUCAUAG